CUCUUCUUCUUCUUUUUGUUUAUUUCAUCUGAUUAUAAAUCUUGCUUUAAUUUGUUGAACACACUAUUUUGAUUCGUAAACAUAUUGUGAUUCUUCUUUCUUUUUUUUUCAAGUAAAUGACGGAUCGAUGAUGAAAAACGUGAGCAAAUUGUUGUUUCAUUUACCUUUUUUUUUGGAGUUUUUUUUUGGGUGAUGCAAAUAAAUUUAAGCUAAUCCGUCAUGAUCUUAGAUUAGAAUUAGUUCUCUGUUCUUCUUUGAGUCUGUUAUGUUUUAUUUAUCCUUUCAUGCAUUUCUUCAAGAUAAUGCUUAAUUAAGCUCUUCAAAUUCUGCUCUGUGAUUCUUCUUUUCUUUGUUUUCGUUUUUGAAGUUCGUUAUUGACGAAUCCAGCUUUAGUUUUUUUUCCCAAGUAAAUUACUGAUCGGAUUAUAAGAAACGUGAAGAAUUUGUUGUUUCGUUUAGCUUUGUUUUUGCCCUUUUUUUUUCCGGUGAUGCAAAUAAAUUUAAACUAAUCCUUCAUGUUCUUAGAUUAGAAAUAGCUUUCUGUUCUUCUUUGAGCCUGUUAUGUUUGAUUUAUCGUUUCAUGCAUUUUUCUCUUUGUGUUCGUCUUUGACGAAACCAGCUUUAGUUUUUUUUUUUUUAAGUGAAUGACUGAUCGGAAAAUGUGAGCAAAUUGUUAUCUCGUUUACCUGUGUUUAAGGUUUUCUUUUUCGGUCAUGCAAAUUAAUUUAAGCUAAUCCGCCAUGAUCUUGGAUUAGAAAUAGUUUUGUAAUCUGUUCUUCUUUGAGCUUGUUAUGUUUGAUUUAUCGUUUCAUGCUUUUCUUGGAAACAAGACGAGAUUUGUGCUUUCCUUUUAACUUGAUUUUCGAUUUUUUUCGAUUUUUGCCAAACGGAUUGAACGCUGGAAAAAGCUAGCUUUUCUUCAAGCUGAUUGAACGCAGGCAUCCAGCCGCUUAACUCCUUCAUACAGUGAGAAUCAGAUCACCAUGAACGCUUCAGCAGCUUCCCUAUCUGCGUGUAUUGCUAUCACCAGCACUAAUGAAGAGCUCUUUAUCGGUCUCAACAAAUUGACUAGUGGCUCUCCUCUACCGUGCAAUGUUAUCGAAGUAAAUCCUUACAGCUUCGAGCCCGAAUACUUACCAGAUGAUAUGUGGUUUUUGACUAGCUCAAAUGAUAACACUGAUAUGGAACAUGGCCUCUGGAAGGUCAAGGAGGAGGCCCGUGAAGUCUUCUCAAACUCUGAUAUUAUCGGUUGGAGAACCACUCUUGCGUACUACAAGGGUCAAGUCUCUCAUGAACGUAAUAGUAACUGGGUGAUGCAAGUUUUCAGCGCAACUCAAAAGAGAUUGUGCGACGAAAAUGCAAACAAGGAAACCAUCUCUAUGUGUAGAGUUUUUCUUGUUCCGAGUGACGAAAUGCAGGAGAAAGUGUCUAGUGCUCGUAUUGGCACUGAAAAUCAUUUACCACAACCUCCUAUUCUGGAGGCUAACUGCGGUACGGGAAUAGGUUCCUCGAGCAACCAUCAGGUGAACAAGCAUGAUGAGAAAGAAGGAUUGGCUAUUGCAGGGACAAUUCCCGUUCCAGAGCAUCAAGAUGAAAAUGAUGUUGGAAUGGAUUGUUUCACAGAUGCUUAUAUUGAUUCUUUUUCACGUGGUGACUUUCUGGAAAUGAACGAUCUCGUCAACCAUGUAUCUUCUUCGAGUUCCGGUAAUUCAAGCGCUCCAAGCAUGUCGUCAGAUGAAUGUUUCGACUCAAUGGCUUUCUUACAAGAUCUAGAUCAAGACCUAGUUUUGGAACAGAAUGACAUGGGUAAAAAGCUUAAUGUCUCUGCAUCCAACAGGUUGGACGAGGUGGUUUUGGUUCCGGCUGCUUUAGGAUCUGUUGUUAGUAUUGAAGGCAACGAUUCGUCUAGUAAUGAAUUGUUAAAAACCACUAGCUCUGUACCUAAUUCAGCUAAUAACAAUGAGAUCUCAAAGCAUGCUAUGGGGAACCAAAGGGAUGAAGGUCCAUCAUCAUCAUCAUCUGUUAAACCGAAAUCUAGUAGAAUGAAAGAGCUUCGAAAGAAGUACUUAUGCUUUAUGCCAUUUUAGAUCUCAGAGGUAUGUGAUUUUUUUGUAAGAUAUUUAAAUUAUGAGUAUCACAAGUGUAGAUUAAAUUAUAACUCUCACCUAGCUCUUAACAAGCUAAGCGAAUUAUUACACUAUUAUCAUAUUCAGUGUGUAGAUUUUUACUGUUAUGUAUUACAGCCUUAUUCAAAAUCAGGGCCUAAACAAAAAUGAAUGAAACUUAGCAUUGGUCCCCA